UGGUUGUAGCAUAGAAUUUUCUCCAAUGGGACAAAAAUGUCUUCAUGAGUUAUGACAAUCAAUCGUUCAUUCACCCCUUGCAGUAGAUGGCGCCACUCAACAAAUAUAGAAAAGAUGCACUACUAUUUUCUCUGUGCUGUCCUUGGCGCCAUUCAUGAUUAGUUGACCGAAGUUAAAAGGUUCAUGAGUAACGGUUGAACAUGUAAGUUAAGCGAGGGCCAAGAUGAACAGGGCGCUGAAACACUGGCGGGAGGCGGCGACGGUGAUCCUGGCGGCCGGCCUGAGACACGCUCCGAGCGCGGACUCUUUGGAGAGAGUCACUCAUACAGCGCACAAACCUGCCUUUGAUUAUCACGUGCUGCUGCUGAAACGGAGCAGGAACAGCGGCUUCAUGCCCAAUGCCUACGUGUUUCCCGGGGGGCUGGUGGACUCGUCUGACUUCUCCAGCGAGUGGCAGGAGGUCUUUAAAUCCUUCACGAAAGCGCCCAACUUCGGCAUAGGAGUCGCGAAGCAGCCGCCUGGGACCAGGCCACCCAUUUUCGCCACCGACAGAGCGAAACUGGGAUCCCCGAUCCCCGGAGACGUGGCUUUCAGGAUAUGUGCGGUGAGGGAGACGUUUGAGGAGUCCGGCGUGCUCCUGGCGGUUCCCAAACACGAGGAGAGCGGGAUUCGCGUGCGCACAGAUGAUGCUAGGGACAGUGACCCCCAGCCAGCUCUCACCACACUGAGCGGACUGUGGGACAGAGACGUGCUGUCCAAGUGGAGGUCUCUGGUUAUUGGUGACUCGGCGAAUUUUAUUAAGAUGUGCAGGGAGCUGCAGUGUCUGCCCAAUAUCUGGGCUCUACACGAGUGGGGCAACUGGCUGACACCCAUAGGCAUGCAGGACAAACAGAGGCGCUACGACACGGCCUUCUACUUCUGCUGUCUGCGCGACACGCCGCACACGCUUCACGACGAGAGGGAAAUAGUUCACUUCAAGUGGUCGAGUCCCUAUGACAUGCUCCACAGCUAUAAAUCAAAGGAGCUCUGGAUCGCUCCUCCUCAGUUCUACGAGCUCGGACGCAUGCGCCGGUUUGCAGCUCUCACAGAUCUCCAUAGCUUCGCCUGGCAGAGGUCUUUGGAUGGGUGCGAACACUGGCUGCCUGUUCUCCUGCUGGCACCUGACUGCGUUGCAAGCAUUUUACCAGGGGAUGCUCUGUACCCGGAAAAAGUGGACCCUUCUGGAAGUAGUGGCGGCGGCGUGAUGAAAACUGAGAAAAGUCUCGAAGAGCUCCAGCGGGACAGCACAAACUUGCACCGUAUCAUUGGGCAGGAUCCGUAUUCAUUAACUGUACAAAUGAACAUCACACCCAAGUAUAACCACCUGUCUCCUCUCUGCGCUGCAGAUGUGGACAACUCCUUCAAAGAACACAGCAAACUCUGACACUUACCUUUCAAACAGCAGCACGACUGAUGGACAGAAACAAGUGUUUUUUUUUUUUUUAGAUUUAUAAAUCAGCUCUUUUCUACCUAUGAGUGUAGUUCAAUGUGGUCUCCUAACUUUUGAAAGAUGAUAAAAAAUGACUACCUGGUUGAUGUGACAACUGCUACUACUGUGUAUUUCUUUAUAACAUUGUCAUGAGCUCUUUUAAAGUGCUUCCAAAGAAAAAAAAAAAGCUAACAGAUGUAAAGUUUGAAUUGUCAGUUUUUCGUUAGUGCAAUACUGCAGAUGGAAAAGCUACAGAAUGUUUAUUUGUUGCAAGUUCAAUGUUUUCAUGCUUUGAGUUUGCUGAAUAAAUGAUACUACAGGCAAACAAUAACUUGCGCAAUUGUGUGUAUAAAUAUUGCAUUCGUUUGGUUU